UAGUUCGAACCACGGGCAGCUCCAAUACCCUGGAUCAAGAUCCCUUCACCAUCACCAAGGAUGGAACGUGAGAAAUAUUACCCGAGGUGAGUAAUGGACGGGUCAUUAAGAAGCGCUAAGCCCGCAGGGGUCACGCAUCGCCCGUGGAAUGGCUAGCCAUGGUCGAUCCUACGUGGUGCGUGGCUCCAGUUCCUUGGAUCAAGAGCUCUUGGAGGGGGGGGAGGCGGAGUUUGGGUGUCACAGUCUGGCACUGACGAUAUUGAUGUUCAGAUACUCACCCACUGCCAAGGAAGUGAGGUGCCGCUGUUUACACAGGUGCCGCUUUUUACACAGGUCACAGAUGCGCACUAAGAGGGAGAAUGCAGGGACGCUCAUGGAAGAUCCUGCGGAAAAAACUAGGCUACUGGAAGAAAGUAAGGAACAAGAGAGACAAGGAGCUAAAGUAUGCGAAAAAGAAGUUGUAGUGGACAGUAGCGGCAAGAGUAGCAUAAGUAGCAGAAACUCGAGUAGCAGGAACACGCGAAACAGAAACAAGAUUAGCAGACAGUUAAGUAGCACUAUAAAUAUCGAAAGCAGCAUUAUAAAGAAAAGUAUCAGCAUCAGUGUGAGUACAGGAGACUGGAGAGUGGGUGGACAGAGGGCGGGAUGGGCGUGCGGGGACACUGACGGUGGAGGAAGCCUCCUGCACAUACCCAUGGUAACCGCCCUCUACCUCCUGCUGGGGGCUGUUCUUCACGCCUCCGCACUCACACAACAACCAACUGGAGGAGAGUGGAGAGCUGGGAUGGUGACCUACCAGCGAGAUGGUCCUGCCUCCAUCAGCACCUAUCUCAGGUACCUGGGAGAGAUACCCGAACUAGGCCAGCUCACCAUCUGCUUCAGGAUAUUCCUCCUUCAGGCCCGUAACGAGAUCGUUGUCAUCUCGUACGCCAAGGAGAACCAUGAUAACGAAUUGUAUAUUGGUUUCAGCUACGACAAGCAGGAGAUGAUGCUUGUCUGUUGCCGCCAUGAGUGGUACAGGAACUUGAAGGUUAGUGUGAAACUGAGGCUGUGGUCUUCCUUCUGCGUGGCUAUGGACUUGGUGGGUCGCAAGAUGGAGGUGGUGCAAGAUGGUCACAUUAAGAUGGGCAUCAUAGAGACUUUUGUCCCGGCAAAUGAUCUGAUGGUCCACAGCGGUGGGAAGCUGUAUAUAGGUCAGGAGCAAGACACUCUAGGAGGAGGAUUCAAUGAGUUCCAAAGUCUACGAGGCUCACUUGUUGAUCUGCGUGUCUAUAACUCUAUCCUCACUACGGACCAGAUGAAGAACUACACCUCCUGUCAAGCUCCGGACAACAGCUCUGUGCCCAUCUUGGACUUCUACAAUAUUACCAGAAAAUUUGAAGUUCGCAACGUGGAGAUUGAGCAAGUGAGUUCUGAGUUGAUAUGCGAGCAACGCGAGGAAUUUGAUAUUAUAUUUCCAGAGCCUCGUCUAUUUCAAGAGGGUGAACUACUUUGUCGUAUACUCGGUGGAACUCUGAAAGUACCGAUCAGCAAGGAGGACAACAGGAAACUGUUCCUUCUGGCAGAAUCUUAUACGACCGGAUGCAGCGACGGAGUUGGAGAUAUACUCUGGCUUGGCGUUAAAGGUAAUGAAAGUAGUCAGACCUGGCAGCACUUUGCUUCUCGCGCUCCUAUUUUAUACUCAAACUUCGAACAGAAUAGUGGUCAGCCUAUCGAAGAACCGGAAGUCUGCGUUACUUUUAAAGGAAGCAGGAGUAUUGUGUCCUACGCCUAUGGAAAAUGGGUACCCAGACCGUGCAACUUGGAACGUUGUAUUGCUUGUCAUUUUGAAGAGCUACCGUUCGUUAGAAUUCGGGGACUCUGCGGAAAAUCAGAAUUUGAUAGGGAAUAUUUCCUUCUACAAGAUAAUAACACAGUUGUUUUCAUUGGAGCAUAUUAUUCCUUCAUCACUAAACAUCUUCCCACGAAGAACAGCACCUUUUCCGGAAACUUUGGGUACUGGCAUAUAACUCGCUAUGAUAAAUUAUCCAUCACCGCUAAGCUCACCAUGAAAUCUCCGACUCACUACCCAACGGGUCUCAACAAGUGGAUCAUCAGCAACGAUGUAUGUGGGGAGCAAGAAGUAACCCUCAGGAUGACGUCUUGCAAGGACCAACAGUUCUCUUGUGAUGAUGGCACCUGCAUACGCUUGCGUGAGCGUUGCGACAUGGAAGUCAAUUGCCCUGAUGGUUCAGACGAGGUUAGCUGCCGUUUCUUAGUAAUUCCUGAAGGAUACAAUAAGAUGACACCGCCGCCCAGAAGAGACCCAUCAACUCCCAUCAACGUUUACCUCCAUGUUCAAAUGUUAUCCGUGCGGGCCUUUGAUCUCACCGGCUUCAACUUUGUUUGUGAACUUGAAGUUCGCAUUGCAUGGCAUGACGUCAGAAUCAAGUUCCAUCACCUGAACGAAGCAGAAUUCCUGAACACCAUCCACCUCACCGAGGAGCAGGAACCAUGGAUGCCUAAAGUUGAGUUCUUCGGCGACGCCUUCACCACAAGCGACGUGAGUGAGCGAAGGUCGUUCCUGGUGGCCAAGCGCGUCACGCAACCACUGCCUGACAACGACGAAAACCUCGGGGAAGACGAAAUCUUUGCCGGGGAAGACAACCCACUGGUGUUAAUUAAGAAGCUGACCGUCACUACCUCCUGUCAGUUCGACCUCAUCUCCUUUCCCUUCGACACGCAGACCUGCAAGCUGGGUGUGGUGCUGCUUGGACUGACGAAGGAUUACAUCACACUGGUACCUGAGGGCCCAGGUAUCACCUACGUUGGCAAGAGGAAACUACUUCAGUACUACCUGAAGGAUGAGGCUAUGUUGCCUCACGAUGAGGCUAACUACAGCGGGCAGGUGGUGAAACUAACCUUCCAGAACCUGUCUACCUUCUACAUCACCUCUACAUACGUGCCUACCUUCAUCAUUGUGGUCAUUGGUUACCUCGUCUUCUACUUCCCAGUGGAUGACUUCAACGAGAGGAUCAUGGUUGCUCUGACAGCACUUCUGGUCGAGGCCGCCUUUUUCACACAGACGAGCUCCAACAUCCCCCAGACAGCCUACCUCAAGCUGGUCGACAUCUGGUAUGUGUACUGCAUCAUUAGCCUCUUCCUGGUGGUGGUCACCGUCGCCUUCCUCAACUGGUGCAAGAAAUGCGCCCCGGCCUGUGUGCUGGGCGUGGGUCGCUACAUCAACGAUGCCGGAGCGUUGCUUGCAGUUCGGCGAGCAGCACUGGCUGCCUGGCUCAACCUUCUGUGUCGCAUUCUGUGUCCUGUGCUCACAGCUCUCUUUCUCACCUUCUACCUCGUCAUGGCAGCUCUCAUCGAGAUCCCAGAGCUGAAUAUACAACUGAAUAAAUAACUUGAUUCCCUCAAUAGAAAAGGCAAAAAAUAAGAGUAAUGAAAAAAGAACGGAAUAACACAGUGAAAAAAAAGUAGAAUAAGCCCUAUGGAAAAAAAGAAAAGCAUAAUAGACCCAGUGCAAAAAAGUGGAAUAAACCCAGUGCAAAAAAGUGGAAUAAACCCAAUGAAAAAAAAAAAAAUCAACCCAGUGAAAAAAGAGCAGAAUAAACCCAGUAAAAAAUUAGUAGAAUAAAUAAAAUAAAAAAAGUAGAAUAAGCCCAGUGAAAAAAAGAGCAGAAUAAACCCAGUGGAAAAAAAAUGAACAGCAGAAUAAACCAAAUGAGAAAAGGGUAGAAUAACCCCGGUUAAAAAAAAAGCAGAAUAAGCCCAGUGGAAAAAAAUAAUAGCAUAAUAAACCCAGUUAGAAGCAUGUGUAAUAAAUCCAACUAUCGUAUAUUAGAUGUAAAAACAAAAACUGAAUAGGCUAAUUUUCGGAGAUCAAAACCGUUAAAAAUAACUAUAUUAGUCUAUUGAUUUGUGGGUUAUUUAUGGAUGGUAAUGGGGAUCGCCGCCCCCCCUACAGCUGGGUCCCAGACCAAUUCUCCCUGCGAUGACAUGCCUAAUCAGGUGGAUGGCGCAGAAUGUUUGCAUAUUUGACAUUAUGUUAUUAAUUAAUGGGACGAGUCUGCUUAUGACAUACUGAAGUGUUUGACAAAGAGUUCAAGAUGGGUGACUACUCUCACAAUGAGUUAAAUACUCUCAUGAGUUACGAACACUAAUGUAAUUUAAUAACAAUCCGUCCCCCACGCUCAUAAGUUAGGAUAGAUUAGGUUAAGGUGGAUUAGGUUACUUUAGAUUAAGUUAGGUUAGGCUAUAUGCCCGCACCAACAAAGCAUAACCUAACCUAGCUCACAAAUGUUAAAAAAUAAAAUUUUAUUUAUAUUUAAAUAUUUGAUAUGUAAGGAUAUUACUAAUGGCUCUCGUAGCCACAUGUAGGAAUUUACUUGCUCGGACACUGAGCAAAUAAUAUGAAUUACAAAGAUGAGAAUAUUCGCUUUCAACACCAUAUGAUCAGUUAAUACUUAUACCUCGUUCCUGACGGGAACUAUGUCACAUCCUGUGGAAAUGAAUGUGACAAAGUCUAGAACAGUCAAAGCAGAUUACGUCUUUAUUCUUCGAAGUAAUUCCCAGAUUUACUAAGGUAAUCUGCCAAGGCCGACGCCUGUUACUUCAUCUUUACAGCGACGCAGAUUUAUCUUAGUUCAUACUGCAUUUGGAGGGACAUGACAUCAAGCAAUUUCUAAAAUUUAAUGUCACAACACUAGGUAUUACUCAAUAUAUGUUUCUCAGUGUAUACACUCAGAGAUAUAUAUCUGUAUAUAUACACUGAGGUAUAUAUAUAUAUCUCAAGUGUAUAUACACUGGUCAGAGGUGUAUAAUAAUCACUGUUCUGGAGAUUAAAAUAUUCUUGACACUCAGUGCAUAAGUGAUAUUGCAGCAUUAUUUUUUGCUCAUGGGGAUGAACUAACCCGUAGGGAUCACACAGCGACUGAGAACUGGAGGCAAUUAGCCUUGACCCGAUGGAGGGGAUGGUUGCUUUAAUAACUCGGAUCAAGGACUCAUUGCAUCAAAUCACCACUGAAAAGCUGCAGCCUAAUGACCUUCGUAUAGGCUUUAUAUCUAAUAAAACAUUCGUUAUUUUAUGUACGUUUAGUUGCCAGGCCAAAAAUGUUUGAUCAAAGCUGUCGCAGCUGUAAUGUGAUAAAUAUGAGGUAAAAUUCACAAGAUAAACAGCAAACUUUUACUGAGGCAACGUUAAGCUGUGUGGAACUUUAUCAAGUCAUAAUAACUUUGUGUAUUAUACUCGGUCCUCCUUCCUGGCCUCCUAGAGGUCUCAUAUACGUAUAAAUAUUAAUAGUAGUAGUUCACCGGUCACAUUUAUUAAAACAUAUAAACAGUGAAAGACCGUCAGUGAUGUACAUAGCAAGAAAACAUAAAAAUAAAAAAAUAAAAUAGA